AAUAAACACUCAGUGGUUUGUUUUGUGUCAUCGUCAAAAUUCAUGCCUAAGUAAUGUUUGUUUGUAAAUCGUUCCGUCUGUGAAUUUUUCGAAAAAAAAAAACAACAAAUCACAUUAAAUUGCAUAAAAUUCUAUACUAUUCAACACAGUAACGUAUGUCGCGUAUACUCAAAGAAAAAUGGAAUUUGAACAAGGAUUACCGUUGGAGAACACCGAAAAAGAAGGAAGUACGAUCAUCAAGGAAUACGUUAUUACGGUAGAAAAUUUAAAACAAGAAUUGCAGAACUGUAAGGUUGAGCAGGCCGCUCUUCGUUCCCAGCUUAGUAAUAUUCAAGAAAGUAACAAGGCGACUGCAGCAACCGUUCGAGAUACAUUUUCAAAAAGUCAAAUAGAUGAAAGCCGUGUCGAAUCGCCGAGCACGAAAGAAAUGAUAUCAAAUUUACAAAAACGGAUUACAAUUGUGCAGAUGGAAAAGGAAUCUGUGUUUCAAUUGUGGCAAAUGGCUUUAAAGGCCAUAGAUACAUUGGAAGAAGAGUUGAGAGGGUUUCAUCGAGACGGCAAGGGAACAAAAUUUUACGAAGAGCAGAUGAAUGGAGUGAAAGAGACUUACUCGGAUGCGAUUAAGGCGCUUGAAGCGAAGCUUGUGCAAGCUAGGGAAAAUUUCAUCAAGCAGCAAACGCUCUGGGAAUCUAGUAAAGAUAAAAUCAAUCUUCUAACAACAGAGAAAGACGAACUUCUGAAGCAGUUUUUGAACUUGCAAAAAGAUUUUCAGGAGAAAGAUUUAGCCGCGCAAAAGCGUAUAGAAACUUUAAAAGCGGAACUGAAUUUGUCAAAAACUGAGAUACAGAGAGUGAACGAAUCCCAAAUCAAACUUGAGGCAAAGUUGAGAGAAGCGCAGAAGUUUACAGCGACUAUUGUUGCCAAGGAUAAUGAAGCGAAGAGUAAAGUUUCCGAGGCAAUAGAAUUGGUCGAGUCCGCAGUUAAGGAAAAAGAACUUGCAUUGCAAAGAGAAGCACGCGCCGUGGAAGAAAGAUUAGCGCUGGAAAAUAACAUAUCAAAGAUUGUUGAGGAGUACAAAACAUCGUUGGAAAUAGAAAUUUCUAAAUUGAAAGAAACCUAUGAAAGAAACAUUAAAAAGUAUGUAUUGGAUAUGAAAGAACUGAAAGUAGAACUCCAGCAAAAGUCAACAUUGCUGGACAGAGCACAAAGGGAAUCCAGACUGGUAGAAGAAGAAUUAAAUAAAGUGCGACUCGGUUCCGAUGAUUUUCUCCACCAUUCAAACGCAAAGUUUCUUGCAUUGCAACAACAGCUUCAAGAUGCAGAGUUCAAGCUGCAAGUCAACGAAGAUUCUUGUAGGAAAAAAUAUACUCUAAAGAUUCAACAACUCGAACAACAUGUUGCAGAAUUGGAGGAAAAGUUGGUUGCCACUGGUGACCAGUUAAAACGCAUGCAAAAACAAAGUUGCAGAGAAAUGGAGGAACGAGUUCGCGAAGCGGACGAACGGACCAAGGAGGCUGUAGAGAGGUAUGCAAAUUUAGAGAGGAGAUUGGCACGAACAAUUGAUGAGAGAGAGAGUGUGACGGUUGAACUACGCUUGCUGCAAGGGAAUUUCGACCGUGAUAUCAAGCGCAAAGAUCAAGAAAGGAGAUUUUUGGAAAAUAGAGUCAGAGAGUUGCAGGAGGAUGUACGAGCUGCGGCUAGCUCUAUGGAGCAAACAGCUGCGCAUGGAGACUCGCUCGCUCGUCAAAUAAAUAUUCUGGAAUUAGAACUGAAGAAAAAAGCGGGAAUAGAAAAAUUGGUCAGUGAUACUGAGUAUCGUUGCAAGACGGAACUAAUAGAAAAGAUGAAAAUAUUGCAAGAAAAGUAUGACAGAAGAACCAAAGAAUUAACUCAGCAUGUCGAGACCCAUCAGAAGCUAAGCAAUAAGUGGAAAGAAGAAGCGAAGCGACUUACAUCCAGUUUUCAGAAACGACUAAAAGAACUUCGUGCGAAAGUCAUUGCCCUUCAGAAGGAGAACGAUGAAUUGAACAAGGAACUUCUAGCUUCUCGGUACCAACUUGCAGAAUUCAGAGAAAAAAUGAUUCAUAGGUAUGACCAAGGCGAUACACCGAGGUGACGAUUUUCAAGUAUUUUAGUACUUAAUACAAUGUGGCUAUUAGUAUAUGUAAAUAAUUCGAUGAUACAAAAUCUAAUUUAUUUUCAAUAUACAUUCCAG